AUGGUAACAACAUUCCUUGGCAAACUAAAAAGACGAGUUGUAACCAUUGAUGGGUAUGUUGAUGUGCCUCCCAAUAGUGAGGAACAACUACUCCAGGCUGUUGCAUCUCAACCUGUGAGUGUAGGUAUAUGUGGUAGUGAAAGAGCUUUCCAGUUGUACUCAAAGGGGAUCUUCUCUGGCCCAUGUUCAACUUCUUUGGAUCAUGCUGUAUUGAUUGUUGGUUAUGGUUCAGAAAAUGGAGUUGAUUACUGGAUUGUGAAGAACUCCUGGGGAACAGGUUGGGGAAUGAAAGGCUACAUUCACAUGGUGCGAAACAGUGGCAAUGCACAAGGGGUUUGCGGUAUAAACAUGCUAGCUUCGUAUCCAACUAAGACUAGUCCUAACCCCCCUCCUCCACCUUCCCCUGGUCCAACUAGAUGUAGUCUCCUGUCCUACUGCUCAGAAGGUCAAACCUGUUGCUGUACGCGGCCGUUAUGGGGCUUCUUAUGCUUUUCAUGGAAAUGCUGCGAGCUGGAUUCAGCUGUGUGUUGCAAUGAUCACGUUUCUUGUUGCCCUCAUGAUUAUCCAGUUUGUGAUACCCAAACGAAGCGAUGCCUCAAGAGUUCUGGGAACUUCACAAGAGUAAAAGUGAUUGAGAAGGCAAGUUCUUUUGGGAAGUCUGGAGGUUGGAAUUCUAUUCUUGAGGCUUUGAAUUGGUAAAAUCACUAGCAUUAAGGUACUGUUAUUAUUAUUCGCUGUUUUUGUGAUGAUCAUCAAUAUUGUUUCUUCACUAUACUUCACAUUAUCUGUACAUCAAACAGCACAAAAUUUUAUUUUGGUUCAGAAUUUUCUAUUUUAUUGGGAAAUUGUACUACGCUCAAUUUCACCAUUUAGAUUUGUGGAUCACUGAAACAAGGUGUACUCAUCCUGUCAACCAAUAUCAUCCUUUCCUCUGUAUUAUCUGAUUUAA